AUUUCAAUCCAAAAGUCAUUUGAAUUCUGCCUUACUGCGAGCCUGCGAGUCCGGCAUAUCCGGUCAAUGGAACAUGAUACCCAGACAUCGGUAUCCAAGACGAAGGAGCAGCAUCCAAAGCCAGUUAAAAUUCAGAUAUACCCCCCUUCAACUGGCGAAGUUUCAUCUUUCUGGAAAGAGAAGUAUGAUAGGGAAGCAAAGAAGUACUGGGAAAUCUUUUACAAACGCCAUCAAGAUAAAUUUUUCAAGGAUAGGCACUACUUGGACAAGGAAUGGGGGCACUACUUUUCUGGUGCUGGAGGGAAAGUAAUCCUUGAGGUUGGUUGUGGUGCUGGAAACACCGUCUACCCCUUGCUGGCUACGUAUCCUGAUAUAUUCGUGCACGCUUGUGACUUUUCACCACGAGCUGUAAACUUGGUCAAGACCCGCAAAGAUUUUGAAGAGGCCAGAAUCAAUGCAUUUGUUUGUGACUUGACUGCUGAUGAUCUAUGCCAGCAUAUUGCUCCAUCUUCAGUAGAUAUUGUGACCAUGAUAUUUGUUUUAUCUGCAGUAACCCCUGAGAAGAUGUCACUAGUGAUACAGAACAUUGGAAAAGUUCUCAAGCCAGACGGUUUUGUCUUAUUUCGUGACUAUGCAACUGGAGACCUGGCUCAGGAAAGGUUAAUCUCAAAGGAACAAAAGAUCAGUGAUAACUUCUAUGUUCGGGGUGAUGGAACUCGGGCGUUCUACUUCUCUGUUGAGUUCUUGACAAAUCUUUUCAAAGAGAAUGGAUUUGAUACUGACGAACACUUUUUGUGCCUUAAGAAAGUGGAGAAUCGCUCAAGAGAAAUUGUGAUGAAUAGACGUUGGGUUCAAGCUGUAUUCCAUUUAGGUUGUGGUAAAUCUGAUUUGAAAACCAAGGGCAAGGUAAAAGAGCUUGGUAUGGAAAGUCCAGAACCUGUGAUACCAAUAAAAGCAGAGGACAAUGCAAAUGAAUUUGACAUUGAUAUUUCUGAAGGAAUUGCUUUUGAAAUGUUUGGUAUUUCAUCUUCAAGUGAAGAGGUCCUUGAACUUAUCAUUAAUGAGUUGCACUUCAAGAUAAAUGUGCUCUCUAGAGAGUACCAGCAUACAUGUAAAUCAACUGGCUUGAUGCUAUGGGAAUCAGCGCGGUUUAUGGCUUCUGUGCUUUCUGAAAAUCCGAGGAUAGUUUCGGAGAAAAGGGUUCUUGAAUUGGGAUGUGGAUGUGCAGGGAUCUGCUCUAUGGUGGCUGCUUCAAAAUCUGCUCAACUUGUGGUUGCCACUGAUGGAGACUCGAAAGCUCUUGACUUGUUGAACCACAAUAUCAACCUGAAUCUCAAACCGUCACUUUUUGCAAAACUGAUCACAAUGAAGCUGGAAUGGGGGAACAAAGAUGAUAUUGACUCCAUCAGAAGAAUGAACGAUAAGGGCUUUGACGUAAUAUUAGGCACCGAUGUUGCAUAUGUUCUGGAAGCGAUCUUACCAUUAUUUGAAACUGCAAGGGAGCUGAUUUGUCAUAGAAGACUAGAUGGUGGUGGUGGUGGUACUAGUAAAGAAGAUGAGGAGCCAGCGGGUUUGAUUCUCUGCCAUGUUCCGCGACGAGUUGACGAACCAACCAUACUUUCAGCAGCAUCUCGAUACGGUUUCAAGUUGCUGGACAGGUGGCCUCACACAGAAACAACAGUCAUUACAUCUCUAGACAUUAUCAAUAAGUGGUUCUCUCAUGGGCAUUGUGCAAGCUCUCUUCCAACCACAAACUUGAGCAUUUUGUAUUUCUAUAGUGUAGUAUAAUUUCAAAGAUAUUUUAAAAAGAAAAGGAAAAGAUGGUAGGGUGUUGUACUUAUUCUUGUUUUUGAAUUUUGCUAUGGUUGAAUUUGAUUUUUCUUUUUUCCAUUCCAUUUCCUUGUACUAAUCAUUUUUGUAAUGACUUGGGAAUUCAUUAGAGCCA